AUGGCAAGUGAGAGCAGUUCAGCGGUCCUGGACCUAAAUGAUGCAGAUGCUACCGACACAGAGGCACCGAGUGUUACAGAUGAUAUCAAUGAUGGGGCACCCUUGAUAAUGGAACAUGGAUUCGAUAUAGCCGUUAAGGUCGAUGCACCACUAAAACAAUUGUCUACUUUAGAAACCUUUGUAACGUAUCGUGUGCGGUGUGUUUGUGCGAGGUGGCCCACUCCACCUUGUGUGAGACGACGGUACAACCAUUUUAAGCUCCUCCACAAACGUCUGUCGGCGUCACACCCGUGGGUUGCGGCGCCUCCCCUACCACCGCUCCACUCGGCUCGACAACAGCUCGACAGAUACUCGCCCUCCUUCGUCGCUAUCAGGUGUUUGGCUUUGCACUCUUUUUUGGAUCGUGUGGCAAAACAUCCCAUUCUAACCCACAGUGAUGACUUUAGACUAUUUUUGACGACACCCGAUGAAGAUCUAGAUAAAGUAUUCAAGAGUGAAAAUAGUGCGCUUAAUCUAUGGGGUCUGAGUAACCCAUUCUACGGUGGAGGUGAAGCGAAACCAGCUAACGGGGCCAGAGUAAAAGAUCCAGAAUUUAGCUCAGCGGCGGAUUAUCUACAGUCGCUACAACACAAGUUGACCACCCUCUGCACUCUCACCACUAAACUGUAUAAGGGUUCGGUGUCACUUAGCGGCGAAUUGAUGGGCAUGCGGCGCGCGUGCUCGGCGUGGGCGGUGCAGGCGGGCGGGCGCGCGGGCGCGGCGGCGGGCGCGGCGGCGGGCGCGCUGGGCGCGGGCGCGGGCGCCGCCGCCGCCGCGCGCGCCGCGCCCGCGCGCCGCCACCGCGCCGCGCUGCCGCUGCUGGCCGCCUACUGCGACGCGCAGGCCGACAAGAUACGCGCGAGGGACGCGCUCCAUGCCGUUUAUGUAUCUGGCAACACUCCAGCGGAUGAUGUACACAACAGGCUAGAGCAAGCAUCAGAAGCCUUACGGUCAGAACUGUCCGAUUGGAUACCAAAAACUCGUUCUGAAAUUAAAGCUCUGUUACUAGAUAUAGCGAACAGACAAGUAAACAUACACACACAAACACUCAUGGGCUGGGAGAAUGCCCUGAAACUGUCAACUGAUGAUAUAUCGCAAAUGUUCAAAACCGUAUCGAAAACGGCCGUUCAAAAUCUUUCGCCGUCCAAAUGCAGAACGCUAACAACCCCCAAUGAAACCGACAGAGAUAUAGACGAUAUGGACAAUUACAGCAAUUACUCUGAUAUACAGGAUGUUAAAAAUGAUGGGUUUGUCGAAAACAACGAUUUAGAUAUACAAAUGUUCAAAGAUGAACAAAUCAGUGAUAUGCAGGAGCUCAAAGAUGAACGUAACAGUGAUAUACAGGGGUUCAAGGAUGAACAGUACAGUGAUAUACAAGGGUUCAAAGAUGAUAAUACAGAUAUACAGGGUUCAGAUGAAUCCGAGAAUAUAACACAGGGUGUUACAAAUGGAUGUGAAAAAUUGGACUCCAUAAAAGAAGAUAGUUCAAAUUCAAAAUCCGAUAAAUUUUCUGAUCCCUUACAAGAGUUCUCUGAAGUGGACCUUUCG